AUGAACAUCGGGACAACACUACGUCACGUUGUAUGCAUGGCAGCACCACAUCCACCACCUCAUGCGCCACCACAUGCACCACCACCACAACCACCUCCUCACUCUAAUAAAGAUCGCAAAGAUCCGCAUGCUGGUCGUACGUUGGAACUUAAUGGACAUGUCGGAUUGGAUGCUCUACCGCAUCAGCUGGUCAAGAAAGCUGUGGAGGCUGGGUAA